AAAUACCCCUUCAAAAAAUAUCCUUCAAACACUUUAUUAGUUUGUGACGACUUCGCUGGUAAAGGUUUAGUGUCAAAACCAGACUCACCAUUAGCUAACAUCAUUACUAAAGUCAGACAUUACCACUUAACUGUAGCAAUACUUAUGCAAACAUGGAGGUUUUUAGCUUUAAACAUAAAACGUCUCAUAACUGACUUCGUUAUCUUUCAAGGUUUCUCACGUUAUGACAUUGAACUCAUUUGGAAACAGUCAGGUAUAACAUUACCUUUUGAAGAAAUUUGGGAAGCAUAUAAGUCUCUCAUCUCUCCUCGUUCAUACCUUGAGAUUCAUAUCAUGACUAAUACCAUUAAAGUCAAAAAUAUUCCAUGGGAACGACCAACAUUAUUUUAA